GUGUGGUUGAAAGCAUGGGGUGUGGUGUAAUUCAUUCUGGAGAAAGAGAAACAGUUAACCCUCAUCAGCUUCAUCUGUACUCCACUUUAGAUAAACUAAGGACCACUGAUCUGUGGAAGAAAAUGAUUUGUACAUUUGUAUUUUCCUGUAUGUGCUGUUGCUGUCUGGUUGGUGUGUUUGGUGAUACAGAUAAAGUGAAGUCAGUGAUGGAAGGAGAUUCAGUCACUCUACAGAUUAAUGUCACUGAAAUACAGACAGAUGAUCUUAUUAUGUGGAAGUUUGGAACUAAAAAGACUCUUAUAGUUAAAAUCAACAGAGCAACCAAUGAGAUCUCAAUAAAGGAUGAUGAUCUUGAUGGGAGAUUCAGAGGCAGACUGAAGGUGGACAAUAAGACUGGAUCUCUGACCAUCAAUAACAUCACAAACACAGACUCUGGACUUUAUGAAGUGACCAUCAGUGGCAAAACAGAGACUGAAAUCAGAUUCAAUGUUACUGUCUAUGCUCGUCUACCCAUUCCUGUCAUUAUCAGUGACUGCCCGCAAAAUUUUUCAUCAUCAUCAUCAUCAUAUUGUUCAUUGUUGUGUUCAGUGGUGAAUGUGGGUCAUGUGACUCUCUCCUGGUACAAAGGACACAAUUUAUUGUCCAGCAUCAGUGUGUCUGAUCUCAACAUUACUCUCUCUCUACCUCUGGAAGUGGAGUGUCUGGAUGAUUUAUACAGCUGUGUUGUGGCUUAUUCAUUCACAAACCAGACCACACUUCUCAACAACACUCAAUUCUGUCAGCCAUGUCCAGAUUGUGUUUUCUGUUGUCAUGUUCCUGAAGUUGUCACUCGAUUGGUCAUCUCUGCUCUGGUGGGCAUGGCUGCUGCUUUUAUUGUAGUGUAUGACAUCUCGUCCAGAAAAGGUGAAGAGGAGAGAUGAUAUAGCACUCAUCACCAUUAGAACCUCCCAGAUGAAUCAUGCUUUCUCAAAUUGUGUCCACUGUCUUUCAGAACACUUCUGUGUACAUUUUUUGAAAGGGGCAAGUAGAAGAGAAUUGUACUUGCCUGACUGGACUUCUAAUCUGAUUAAUAAGUCCUCUUACAAGAUCACAUACUAAUGUCAAUUGUCGGAUAUAUUGUCACAGUCAUGGGUUUAUUGUCCUUACAAUUAAUCAGUUCAAGCAUUUCUAUCAUCUGUUUAUUCAGCUACAGCGACAGAGAUGCUUAUGUCCAUUUUACGGAUUUGGAGCAUUGUGAGUUCUGUUACUUACAAGGGCGCCCUAUGGCUUUCAGUAUGAAUAAAACAGACAUAACGUGUUUAGGGCAAAGUAAUGUGC